CGUGUCGUCACGUGACCAAGAGCCGCCCGGAGCCGAAGUCCUGCUAGUCGUCUCCGUCUAGGUAUCAGCCCCCUGUUACUCUGCAGGCGGGUGAAGAAAGAAGGAAACUAGUCUGCAAGGUGCAGAUUUGUAGGUCGGUUGCCUCUAGGUCGCGGCUCAAAUUGCUACGAGGGAAGGAGCAAACUGCCCUGGAACUGUGCAUGACAACGUGAAGACUGUCUAUCUAUCACCCUGUAGGGAACACUAACUGAAGACAAGGCAAGAAGAAGGAAUUUACCCCUGACAUUGGAAAAGGUUCAUCAAAAGACAGCUGCAGGAGCCUGUGAGAGGCUGAAAACUACCUAAGAGUCCUCUGCAAUCAGGCUGAGCAAAUUCCUUUCCUGUCCAGCCCCAAGGCUGGCACGGACUUGAGCAUGGGCCGGGCUCGGGAAGUGGGUUGGAUGGCGGCAGGACUGAUGAUUGGGGCUGGUGCCUGCUACUGUGUUUACAAACUAACCAUAGGAAGAGAUGACAGUGACACAUUGGAGGAGGAGGAAGACAAAUGGGAUGAAGACGAGGAACUGGAUGAGGAGGAACCCGAGUUGUGGUUUGAUUUCACAACUAUGGCUCAGCCCUGGAAUGAGGACGGGGACUGGACUAAACCUGGGGCCCCAGGCGGAAGUGAGGACAGGCCGUCAGGUGGGGGUAAAGCCAACCGAACAUACCUAAUAAAAGAGCGCCCAUCCCCCUAUGGACAUAAAAACACUUGGAGUGCUCAAAGCUUUAAUAAUGUCAGUGUUGUUCUUGAUCUCUCCAAGUGUCCUUUCCUUCAGGUAAAGAGGCUGUUUGCUCAGGCCAGACAGGCUGGUUUUCCAUCUAACCACAAUAUCAACAGUCAUUUGGCCAGCCUCCCAGUUGUUGGAAACAUGAUCCCCACUCCCGGCCCCACUGUGAAGGAGAAGGCUGUGUGUGCCCUGGAUAACUUGAAUGUGAGUAUCGAAAAUCAGGGCCAGAUUAAGAUGUACAUCAGCGAAGUGCGUCGGGAGACUGUGUCACAUUGCCGCAACUCAUUUCUGCAACAGGCGGGAUUAAAUUUGUUAAUAAGCAUGGCAGUUAUUAAUAAUAUGCUUGCCAAGUCCGUUUCAGACUUGAAGUUUCCUUUGAUAUCAGAGGGAAGUGGAUGUGCUAAGGUUCAGGUUUUGAAACCGCUGAUGGGUUUGUCUGAAAAGGCAGCCUUGGCAGGAGAGUUGUUCAGUGCCCAAAUGCUGUUCUCAUUCAUGUCUCUCUUUAUCAGAAAUGGAAACAGAGACGUUGUCCUGGACGUCCUUGCCCCUUAAAUGACCAUCUCAAACAGAAACCCGUUUGGCGAGCGUUCGCUCGUGUUCUCAUUCAAAGAAUCUGCAGAGGGUGCUAUCGAAGAUCCAGCCUUAGCCAGUCACCACAUCGUUGGGUUGGGUGAAAGUUACAGUCGCUAAACCGAGAACCACACUCUUACUGGCCAGGCAGGGAUUCCCACAGAGCUUUCAGUAACUUCUCGGUUUUGCAGUCGGCAGGCAAUGCACACUGUAAAUUGCUCCCUUCCAGCCGUCCUCGUGUGGUAAAGGGAUCCUUUCAAGCUGCCAGCUGUGGAUAAAGAACGUCAUACUAUAGCAACACGAGUGAUGUUGUUGCUUGUGGCGGGCUCCCUGUUUAAGCUGGACCGUUUUGUGGAGACCAGACACAUAACAGAGCUUGUGCUGAAAAUGCAUUUGUUGUUGCUUAGAUUGAAUUUUUUUUUUUUUUUUUUUUUGGUAUUUACUCUUCUACGCGAGCUAAUUGACAGUGAACCUGUUCAUCAAAACAAAACAAACAAACAAAAAACAUUCCCCUUCUACCAAUUGUACUGACUUAACCUCAUGAGUCUACAUUUGUGCGUAUCAUCAAUAAAGUUGUGUGCUUUG